GCGGCUCUUGAGAAUGUGGGGAGGAGCGUGAGGGUAUAAAGGAGAGGCGUGUGGUCCAGGAGCUCAUCGUCAGGGCUCAGCCAUCGACAAAUAUGAGGCUCAACCUUCUGUCAAUGUGCAGGCUCAUCUUGCUUGCUGCUUGCUGUGCACUGAACACAGACAGCACGUUUGUUCCGGGAAGAUGUUUGUGUCCCGAGACGCAAGUUGGUGUGCGAGGCAAACUGCAGGAUCUCACUGUGUACCCCAAGAGCCCCAACUGCGACAAAGUCACAGUUAUAGUGACGCUUAAGAGCAGCAAUGAGCCCGUGUGUCUGACUCCGGAUGCUCCGAUGGGAAAACAGCUGAUCCGGUGCUGGAUUAGGGCAAAAACUCUGGGUCGCAACGUGAAGCUGUGUUUGAGGAGGAGACGGAGGAGGAGAGGUCAGCGCCAGCGUUCUCGACACCGCGGGAGAGCCUCAAAUAAACGCCAGUAGUGGAAACGCUGCAUGCAAAGUUACGGUGCAAGAGCACCGAGUAUGUUGGACUUUAGAAUAUAAACUCAUACCGGGGCCAUUCAAAAACAGCGGGGUGCGGUGUGGUUUGGAAAAAUGGACGGAUGCAUAAGUGUCACACAGCUGUGACCUGCUGUGUGUUUGAAAUGAGAUUGUUUCUUUUUAUGCAUGCUAGCAGCAAGCGACUUUAUUUAUCCGUCAUGUUCACUAAAAAGCCCUGGAGGCUAAAAACGACUACAAGUUUAACCAUUCAAAAUUUGUUAUGAGUGUUAUUUAUUUUUAUAUCACGUUUAGAUACUGUUUUGUAAAUAAACAACUUUAACGGUA